AUGAUUGAAACGGUAUUCCACAUUCUCGGGCGUUGCUCGUAUUUCGUUAUCUUCUUAUUCGUUGCUCAGUGUAUUAGACUGCUUUGGAAGCGCCCAUUUCCCUCCAAUGCCCCAAAGUUUGUCGCGGGUUACCCGCUUGUGGGUGCCCUGCAAUUCGUCAACGAUCGAGAAGGAUUCUGUCACCGCAGUAAGAUGGCUUCACCCACUGGCAACUAUAGCUUUUAUCUUGGCCGGGAUCGAGUGGUGGGCCUGUCUGGCCCACAGGGCCGCAGGACGUUUUUCGAGAGCCGUGAUCUCGAUCUAGACGCAGGGUCUGCUUUAUUCCUCCCUUGGGCUAGUCUAGCAUUACAAGCCGAUAUUUUUGCCAGCGAUGCGCAUCCAUCAAAUCUUCGGUCCGUAGUGCGCACAACCCUGUUGCGCACCCAGACCCUGGAAUCUAUUCCUGCAACCAUAGAAGCAUACACAACCGCAACCUUGGAUCACAUCGCGAUGAAAGGUCUGUUCGAUCCUUUCCGGGAGCUUACAUGGUCCUUCACUCAGUCUGCCAUGGCCGCAAUGGGAAUCGGUGAACUGGCGAGCUCCUCCGAGUUGUCGAGGAGGGUAAGUGACAUGUUGGGCGCAUUGGAAGGAACUUUUACGGCGAUUGAUAUCGUGGUUCCAUGGCCGUUGAACCCAUGGAUUGUCAGUACGUUGGUUGUCCUCGCACGCCUUUCUACUUUCAUGUCGAAGGUAAUCUGCAAUAGAAAGCAGCAGCAGCAACCACAUAAAGAUCAUCCCGGGAAGCAUGGCAUGCUACACGAUUUGAUCGACAGGGGAUGGAGUACAGGAGCGAUUUUGCAGGUUGUGCUGGGCGCUGCAUUCGGAGCCCAAGGGAACACUCCGACGGUAACGUCAUGGACACUCAUAGGGCUUUCUACCGACGGACACUGGAUGGCUCAAGUGCGGAAGGAGGUUAGCCAGGUGAUCUUCAGAUACCAGGAUAAUGGUGAAUCUGCGGACCAAGUCCUGCGAUCCCUGAGUAUGCAUACCUGGGAGCAUGAGUUUCCUCUUCUCCAUGCAUGUCUCCUAGAGAGCAUUCGACUAGCAGUUCUUCCAGUAGUGUUUCGUAAGAAUAUCAGCACAACUGAUGUUAAGAUCGGAGACACGGGCGAGGUAAUACCGCCAGGGGCCUAUGCUACAUAUGACUUUCGAGAUGGGGCCCGAAACCCAGAAAUCUACCCCGGUCCGCAACGCUGGGAUCCAGGGCGCUUCCUGCCGGACCGUGCAGAGCGUUUGAAAGAGGCCAUUGCAUUUACUGGCUUCGGUGCAGGGCGUCGCAAAUGUCGUAAGUAA